GGCUGGGCCUGGGGAGCAGAGCCGGCCGGGGAGGCGCUGGUAGCCGGCUCCUCCUUUGCGCACGUGUCUGCCGCGGGGCCGGGGGCCUCACCGACUAACCCCUGCUGCGCUGCCCCUGUGCGCGGGCGGCGCUCAGCGCCCUCCCUGCUGGGGCCCGCGGGCGCCGCACCGCACAGCGACAGGCUGGUGCCUGGAGCCAGAGCUGCUCCAGCCGGCGUGAUCCGCACCUGAGCCGCCAUCCCGGCUGCGCCGGUGCCGCUGCAGCGCGGAGCCUGAGCAGCGGCCCGUCACGUGGCAUACAUAUCACGACACCUUAUCUGUCAUUGGAGAUUUCUUAUUCCAUAGCAGCCAAUAAGCAAGGGUGAAACAUGAGGACAAAUCCCGCCAUUCAAGCUGCCAUCGACCUCACAGCAGGUGCAGCAGGUGGGACUGCAUGUGUGCUAACCGGCCAGCCCUUUGAUACAGCUAAGGUGAAGAUGCAGACAUUUCCCAGCAUGUAUAAAGGACUCAUUGAAUGUAUUGUGAAGACAUAUAAACAAGUUGGAUUGCGAGGCUUCUAUAAAGGGACCACUCCAGCACUUGUAGCCAACAUAGCAGAAAACUCAGUCCUGUUCAUGUGCUAUGGGUUUUGCCAGCAGAUUGUGAGGGGAGUUGUUGGAUUAGACAGGAAAGCAAAACUGAGUGAUCUUCAGAAUGCAGCUGCAGGCUCUUUUGCUUCUGCAUUUGCUGCCUUGGUCCUAUGUCCCACAGAGCUGGUGAAGUGUCGGUUGCAGACCAUGCAUGAAAUGCAAUUAUCUGGAAAGAUAAUACAAGGACACAAUACAGUUUGGUCAGUAGUGAAAAGUGUUAUUCAAAAGGAUGGCCCACUCGGGUUCUACCAUGGUCUGUCAAGCACUUUACUUCGGGAAGUCCCAGGUUAUUUCUUCUUCUUUGGAGGCUAUGAACUGAGUCGGACAUUUUUUGCAGCGGAGAGACCAAAAGAUCAACUAGGGCCUAUUCCUUUGAUGGUGAGUGGUGGUUUUGGAGGCAUCUGCUUGUGGAUUGCUGUUUAUCCUGUGGACUGUGUCAAAUCUAGAAUUCAGGUUCUUUCCAUGUCUGGAAAACAGGCAGGCUUCAUGGGAACAUUUGCAAAUAUUUUGCGAAAUGAAGGAGUAUUUGCCUUGUAUUCUGGACUAAAGCCUACUUUGAUUCGUGCAUUCCCAGCCAAUGGUGCACUGUUCCUUGCCUAUGAGUACAGCCGCAAGAUGAUGAUGGAACAAGUUGACACGUACUGAAAUCUUCCAGCAGCAGGUUUAAGUCAACCUUUUUAAAAAGAACUGUAGGGCUUGAAUGGGUACAAAAUCAAUAGCAUGACAUCAGAGAAACUCAGUCAAUUUAGGAUUUAAAAAAAAUCUUUUUAAAGUAAACGGAUUUUGUAGACCUUGUGUGUGUUUUUACAGGGUUUGUUUUUUUUUUAAGGGAGGAUGGAGACAUUAAUGUUCUUUCCACCUAUUGUGCUGCUCAAGAGAUGUAAUUAUGUUGCCCUGAUGGAAGCGGUACUCAGUGUAAAGGGUAGUGAUCUUUCAGUUAAGAGAGUUAAUCUCAAAUUUUAAAAAAUCUAGUUCUGGAACAGCCAUGGUACAAGAAGUCUGAAUUUCCCUUUUUCACUGUUAGCAAACACAACUGACUCAAGGCCACACGGCACUGGUGCAUUAGUAAAGUAGUGCUACUCUUUUCAUUAUCAAUGUUAGGGCUUGUCUAUGCAGGGAGUGACUCUUGAUUAGUUUCAUCUGUGGAUGCUCUUAUUCUGGAAUAAAUCUCAUUCCAAAUUAUUUUAAUCCACUUUAGACAGCCUAUUAGGAAUAGUUAAUCUGCUCUAAAUUCACACCGUAUGUUAUUCUGGAUUCACUUUCAUGUGUAGGUGAGCCCUUAGAGAGAGUAUUCAAUGGAAACAGCAAGCUGCUUGCAUGUUAUAGCUGUUUCACCUCUUUGUAAGAGUGUUCAAGUAGUUCAAGAAACAGUAGUCUAAUACACAAGGAAAGGUAGAAGAGGGAGGUUUAGUUUCCUGAAGUAUUUAGUUUAAGCAAUGCAUGGCUAAUACUUACACUGUUUUAAUAGUGUUAAAAUUGCACAAAUUCAUAAACUCUGCCAUCAAUAGUUUCACCAAUAAUGUGAAAACAUUAGUCACUGGAGCA